CACAACAGUCUGAGAGCACCAAAAACAAAGUCGUCGUUAUAUUCAUAGCCAUUUCGAUUUCGAAGCUCUUCCUCUUUUCCUCAUCUUCCAUUGAUGGUGGUGGUGAGUGUUUGCGCAGCUUUGAAUGGGCGGCCGCGAACCAAAAUGCGUGCCAGAAAACAACUACGAAGAGAAACCGGCGCCGCCGCUCACGACGGUGGAGCUUGUUUCCUGCCGCGAUGCUCCGAUUCUGUUACUGUUGUUCUUCCACAAGGGCCUGCAGGCGGAGCUGGCUGAGCUCCGCCGCCUGGCGGUGGAGGCGUCGGAGAGGAGCUCCGGCGGCGGCCGCGACUUGAUCGUCGAACUCCGUGGGAGAUUUGAGUUCUUGAAGUUUGUUUACAAGUAUCACUGCGCUGCAGAGGAUGAGAUUAUCUUUCUGGCACUUGAUUUCCACAUAAAAAAUGUGAGCUGUACAUAUACACUUGAGCAUCAAAGCAUAGAUGACCUAUUCGACUCUAUUUCUGAUUGCUUAAAUGUUUUAAUGGAGAAAGAGGAAAGUACUUCAAAGCAAUUUCAAGAACUUGUAUUUUGUAUUGGCACCAUCCAGACUGCCAUUUGCCAGCAUAUGCUGAAAGAGGAAAAACAGGUUUUCCCUUUGCUGAUGCAACAAUUCUCUUCCAAAGAACAGGCUUCACUUAUUUGGCAGUUUUUGUGUAGCGUUCCAAUAAUGCUAUUGGAGGAUUUUUUGCCAUGGUUGACUUCUUUCCUUUCCCCAGAUGAACAAGAGGACUUUUUGCAUUGUAUCAAGGAAGUUGUACCUAAGGAAAAACUGCUGCAAGAGGUGGUAAUUUCCUGGCUUCAUAACACGAAUCCAUCUUCAUCUGCGGCCAACACUGAAAUUGGAAAAGGAGCCGUGAUACCUGAUAUGCUAGCAAGUUCAAAGGCUAUACUUAAAGCUAAUGCAUCUAAGAGCUUUUAUGGAGAAAAAUGGAGGUGGAAGACAGCAUCUAGCAAGACAACUCUUAGACGUACUCCCAUUGAUGGUCUUCAUCUUUGGCAUGGUGCCAUCAGAAAAGAUUUCAAAGACAUUUUGAAGGACCUGUAUCAAAUCAGAAGCACAAAAGAAUUUUCAACUUUAGGUCCAGUAAUUGCCCGGCUAAAAUUUUUUGCAGAUGUCAUUAUCUUCUACAGCACUGCAUUGGAGAAAAUCUUUAACCCUGUAUUGAAUGAACUUGCCAAUGGAUACCUAUCUCAUCUCCAAGAAAGAUUCCAAGACGAAAGUCAAAUUGAAGGUUUACAGAGAUUGCUGUACCAUAAGGAUCAAAACAGGUUGCCUUUGUUCAACUUUGUAGAGAAGCUUUGUGGGGAGUUGGAGUUAUUUGUGAUGGGAAUAAGCAAACACUUAGCUUUGCUAGAAUCAGAGAUUUUCCCCUUCAUUAGCAAGAACUGCACUCAUCAAUUUCAGCAGUGGCUACUAUACACAAGCCUUCGUAUUAUGCCACUUGGGCUGCUGAAGUGUAUGAUUACUUGGUUCUCUGCUCAUUUAUCUGAGGAUGAAUGCGACUCCAUUCUGAAUUGCUUAAAGCAGGGAGGUCCUCUAGCUAACAAUAGCACUUUAGCAUUUCUCUUGUAUGAGUGGGUACGCAUGGGUUACUCAGGUAAAACCUCUGUCGAUAAAUUCAGAAAAGACUUGCAAGAGAUGUUCAAGACCAGAAGCUCUUUUCUGACCAAGCAUGUCAAGGAGGAUUAUGCAAUUUUUUCCUUACCUUUGCAUAUAAAACCUUGCAACAGCUCUAAAGAUUUCAUUCUGAGUAGUUCUGCAACAUCAUAUUCUAGUAGGAUUAAUUUACAUAUAUUCUCUCCUCGAACAUUAAAGAUGUUAUCACCUUUUCCAAAAUUUCCUGCUGUGAGUAGCGGUGCUAGUUCCAUUUUCAAUCUUGAACCCAGACCAGUGGAUCACAUCUUUUUCUUCCACAAAGCUCUCAAGAAAGAUUUGGAGUACCUUGUCAAUGUUUCAGCUAAGUUGGGCGAAAAUGCCGGGGACCUCAUGGAUUUCUGUAGGCGCUUCCAACUUGUACGAUUUCUAUAUCAAAUUCAUAGUGAUUCAGAGGACGAGAUUGCUUUUCCAGCUCUGGAGGCAAAGGGAAAGGCCACAAACAUUAGCCAAUCCUAUACCAUUGAUCAUGAACUGGAAGAUGAACUGUUCAGUAAGAUUUCCCUCAUCCUAGAUGAGAUUAAAAGGUUGCAUGUUUCAGUUUGUAGUAUUGACAUGGAUGUACUGGAUCAGAGAAUGCUAAACUACCGUCAGCUAUGUUUAAAGCUCCAUGACAUGUGCAAAUCUAUGCAUAAAGUACUGUGCGACCAUGUCCACCGUGAAGAAACUGAACUUUGGCCCUUAUUUAGAGAAUGCUUCUCCAUCCAAGAGCAAGAAAAUAUCAUAGGAUGCAUGCUUGGAAGAACAAGAGCUGAAAUGCUACAAGAGAUGAUACCGUGGCUCAUGGCAUCUUUGACACCAGAAGAGCAACAGGCCAUGAUGUCCUUAUGGCGCAAGGCUGCCAAGAAUACAAUGUUUGAUGAAUGGUUAGGAGAAUGGUGGGAAGGUAUGAAGAGGUGCGAUAUAGCUAAGGUGGAAGAUGACUCAAAUCUUUCUCCUUCUUGGCCUGCGGACCCACUGAAAAUUCUCUCUACAUAUCUGUCAAACAAAGGCCUUGAUGAUCAAAAUCUAACACUACAUGGAAAAGGUGCUAAAUUUCUACAAAACAAUUCUUCUGGUUCUGAUAUUGAUCUGUUUGGAAAUCUCAAUAUGGAUGAUAAAGGAAAGAUCUCCAGUGGAAACCUUAAUAAUCGCAAAUGUUCAGAUUUUUCUGAAUUUGCUAGUGAUGUUAACAAGAAGAAAUGCAAGGAAUUAGCAGAUGUCACGAUCCUAGAUGAUAAACCUAGCCAACACGUACAGGUCAGUCAGGACUUCCAACAUCAAGAGCACCUUCCUAUAAUGAGUCAAGAAGAACUGGAGACUACAGUUAGAAGAAUAUCUCGCGACUCAACUUUGGACCCUCAAAAGAAAUCACACAUUAUCCAGAACCUUCUAAUGAGCCGCUGGAUUAUUACGCAACAGAAAUCUCAUUCAGAGGGUCCUGUCUCAAGUGGCAAGGAAGAAGUUCCAGGUCAGUGUCCAUCUUAUCGGGACCCACUCAAACUAACUUUUGGUUGUAAACACUACAAGAGGAACUGUAAGCUAGUUGCCGCUUGUUGCAACCAGCUUUAUACAUGUCGACGGUGCCAUGAUGAUGUGGCUGAUCACUCGAUGGAUAGGAAAGCUACUGCUAAGAUGAUGUGUAUGAAAUGCUUGACGAUUCAGCCAAUAAGUCCCACAUGCACAACUGUUUCUUGUAAUAAUUUAUCCAUGGCAAAAUACUACUGCAGGAUCUGCAAGUUGUUUGAUGACGAAAGGGAUAUCUACCACUGCCCUUACUGUAACCUGUGCCGAGUUGGGAAAGGACUGGGCAUCGACUAUUUCCACUGCAUGAAUUGCAAUGCUUGCAUGUCAAGGUCUCUUUCAGUGCAUAUAUGCAGAGAGAAGUGUUUUGAGGAUAACUGCCCGAUAUGCCACGAAUAUAUUUUCACAUCUAGCUCUCCAGUUAAGGCCCUUCCAUGUGGACAUUUGAUGCACUCAGCAUGCUUUCAGGACUACACUUGUACUCACUACACCUGCCCAAUAUGUAGCAAGUCACUUGGGGACAUGCAGGUGUAUUUUGGUAUGUUAGAUGCAUUAUUGGCAGAAGAGAAAAUUCCUGAUGAGUAUUCUGGUCAGACUCAGGUAAUACUAUGCAAUGAUUGUGAGAAGAGAGGACCUGCUUCAUUCCAUUGGCUCUAUCACAAAUGCUGUCAUUGUGGUUCAUACAACACUAGGCUUCUAUGACCUGAAUCCAUAGUGUGCCAACCUUUAUUUGUGGUUGUGGGACAUAAUCUUCGAAACCUAUUUUCCAUAUGUGGUUGAAACAGAGGAACUUCCAGAAAAUCGUUCUUUCAGGAUUGGUGAAGCAGAUAUAGAUAGAGUAGUACUCUGACCCUCUUUGCUAUGUACUCCAAAUAAGAAGUGUUCAUUUUUCAGAGACACAUAUUGUUUGAGUUUUACAAUAAUUGUAAUAGUAAAACUUAUAAAUGUCGAAACAGAAAUAAUUUUGAAAGUAUGGAAUUCACGGUGAACAAUUUAGAUAACAUGUAAUCCUCAGUCUUUGAAUGUGUUGCUGGAGCCUUGAGCCUAUUUGGGCUGAGAUUCCGUAAAUUCUUUUA